AUGGUGCGCCACAAUAAUCAGCUGCCGGACAAUCUACCCCAGCUGCAGAAUCUAAUAAAACGUGAUCCGGACUCGUAUCGUGAUGAGUUCCUUCAGCAGUACCAUCACUUCCACAGUGUGCUGGAUAUUUUUCGACUCGAACCGGACAAGGAAAACAAAAACCUGUGCGAGUCGAUCAUGUUUCUUGCCCAGGUGGCCCAGUGUUAUCUGGAGGAGCUGAAGACUUUUCCGCAAACACUGGUGGAUUUGUUGAAAACACACUCGACUAUGUUGGAUCCGGAGAUGCGCAACACUUUCUGCCGAGCUUUGAUUUUGCUGCGAAACAAAAACCUGAUUUCUCCGCUGGAUCUAUUGGAACUGUUCUUUCAGUUACUACGAUGCCCGGACAAAGCACUGCGCACAUUUCUCGAAAAUCACAUUAUUAACGACAUCAAGAAUAUGAACGCCAAACAAAAGGAUAUGAAACUCAACUCAACUUUACAGAACUUCAUGUACACAAUGCUUCGAGAUACGAAUCCGAAGGCGGCCAAAAUGUCGGUUGAUAUCAUGAUCGAGCUGUACCGGAAGCAAGUUUGGAACGAUGCGAAAACGGUGAAUGUAAUCGCAAAUGUGGGUUGCUUUUCGAAGAUCACUAAAGUGUUGGUAGCUUCGUUGAAGUUUUUCCUAGGAACGGACCAGCAAGAAGAUUCGGACGAUGAGGACGAUAGUGAUCGGGAAGUCGACCUGAAAGGUAUCAUGAUGGCAGCAAAGGUAAAUAAAAAAACGAAAAAACGCAAGAAGAAGGUUGAAGCGGCCAAGAAAUUGUACACACAGGCCCAAAAGAAGAAAAAGAAAGCGGUGUCGUUCAAUUUCUCCGCCAUACACUUAAUUCACAAUCCACAAGGAAUGGCUGAGAAUUUAUUCAAGCAGCUUCAGGACGGUAAUGAGCGCUUCGAAGUAAAGCUGAUGCAUCUGGACGUCAUCUCACGCUUGGUGGGCAUCCAUGAGCUGUUUCUGUUUAGCUUUUAUCCUUAUAUUGCUAGAUUUAUACAACCACAUCAGCGCCAGGUAACCCGGAUUCUCCAGUUUGCCGCCCAAGCCUCUCACGAGUUGAUCCCACCGGAAAUAAUUGAACCGGUAAUAAAAACUCUUGUGAAUAAUUUUGUCACUGAACGCAACUCUAGCGAUGUGAUGGCGAUUGGAUUGAAUGCGGUCCGAGAGAUUUGUAUACGGUGUCCUCUGGCGAUGAACGAAGAUUUGCUGCGUGAUUUAACGAUGUACAAAAACUACAAGGAAAAAUCCGUUAUGAUGGCAUCAAAAGCUCUAAUAAUGCUCUAUCGUGAACAAAUGCCUAAUCUGUUAGCGAAGAAGGAUCGUGGACGUCCAACGGAGGCAAGCGUUGAAAUCAAGCCUAAACGAUACGGAGAGGUGCUCGCCGUUGGCCAUAUUCCUGGUACAGAGGCGCUACUGCGGGAGGAUUUACCCGAAGUAGAAAACGAUGGCGAGUCUUCGCAAGGAGAUUCCGAUUGGGUUGAUGUGGAUAGUAGCGAGGAUGAGACCGACGCUUUGCUGCGCAGAGAAAAGAGCAAAAAAGGUAUCACAAUGAUAAAAUCAUCGAAAGGUAAAGAACAAACAGUCGAUGAUGAGGACUCAGACGACGAGGAUGUGGAUGAUUCUGAAAAAGAUGCAGACGAAGGCGAUGACGAUGAAGACGAUUGGGAAUCAUGUAGCGAAGAAGAGCUAGUUGAAGAAGAAGUGGAACAGGAAAAACCUAAACCGCAGCCGAAAAAACUAUCGAAGCAGCUGCGUAAGAAGAAAUCCAAAAUAAUUCCGACAGUUACCAGAAACGGCCAGACGAAGAAUGAAACCCCGGAGGUGGAAAAGAUCGAUGAGGAGCAAACACUCAAUACCGCCGAAGCGAUGCAAGAGUUGGCGUUGACCAAAAUUUUCACUGAUGCAGAUUUUGCUCGCAUUGAGCAGGAGCGCGUGAAGAAACAACUUACACAUCAUAGCCGUAAGCGUCAGUUAGAAACGGAACGCAACGAAUUCGUCAAACUAGACUCGAUAGAGAUGAUUUACAAAAGACGUAAGGCGGACAAGCAAGCCCGCGUAGAGAGCAUGCAGAAAGGUCGAGAAGGACGUGAAAAGUUUGGAUAUAAGGAUAACCGCUUGAAUCCACACUGCUCAAAAACGAAUCGAGAAAAGCAGAAGAAUAAGAACUUUACGAUGAUUCGCCACAAGGUUCGUGGUAAAGUAAAGAAGUCUUUCCGUGAUAAACAGGUGGCGCUGAGGAAACACUUAAUGAAUAUUAAAAAGAUGAAAUAA